GGAAGACAAUGAGUGGCAAAAUCGGUCGGCACCCGUAUGUUGGCUAGCCUUUUCUAAUCGUGGUAGAUAAGCUUUUUUCGGUUCUACACCUCCGGUACUGCCGAACGAUGGUAAACUGCGGAUGUACUCGAUGCGUUUCUGUCCCUACGCCCAGCGGGUGCACCUGAUACUGGAUGCGAAGAAAAUCCCUUACCACACGAUCUUCAUCAAUCUGAGCGAAAAACCCGAGUGGUACUUCGACAAGAAUCCACUCGGCAAGGUGCCCGCGCUAGAGGUACCGGGCAAGGAUGCGGUCACACUCUACGAAUCGCUAGUGCUUGCUGACUACAUCGAGGAGGCCUAUUCGGCCCAGCAGCGGAAGCUCUACCCAACCGAUCCGUUCCGUAAAGCGCAGGACCGUAUCUUGAUCGAACGGUUCAAUGGGGCGGUCAUCUCGCCGUACUAUCGUAUCCUCUUCUCCACCGACGGAAUUCCGCCCGGUGCCAUCACCGAGUUCGGGAGCGGGCUGGACAUUUUCGAGAAGGAACUGAAAACACGCGCCACACCAUACUUCGGCGGUGAUAAGCCGGGUAUGCUCGACUACAUGAUUUGGCCGUGGUGUGAGCGUGUUGAUUUGCUCAAAUUCGCGCUCGGCGACAAGUACGAACUGGACAAGGAGCGGUUCGGGAAGCUGCUAACGUGGCGGGACCUGAUGGAAAAGGACGAUGCCGUCAAGGAGUCGUUCAUAUCGACCGAAAACCACACGAAAUUCUUGCAGAGCCGCAAGAACGGAGAAAACAACUACGAUAUCCUAGCUAACGAUGCCAAACGACCUCGACUGGAAUGAAGUAAAGUGCAACAGCAGCGCUUCUCAAUAUGAUCAAUGCAAAAAACAUUACCUCUGUGUGAUUCACAUUUAAUUAUUUUAUUUUCGGAUUCUCUGC